GGCGGCUCGCGGGUCUGCCCUCGGGCUCGGGCGCCGGCGGCGGGACCGGCCGUUCAACGGCCGGCGGGGAGCCUGGCGGCGGGGAGCGGUCCGCUCGGUCUCGGGGGGCACGCACCGACCCGAGGCUACCGGGACCGGGGAGAAGAAAUGCCUUCCUCUGGCCGGGUGCGGUGAUUGAAGCUUUUCCCCUGUAAAGACCUGAACCCUGUCAUUCAGUUUAUACACGUUAAUUAAUCUCAUUAAGGAAAUAAGAGCACCGAGGGGUAAAUUACUGUUCCUGAGGCUACGGCUCGCCAGUCCGAAACCUGAGAGUGACCACCCGCUCCUUUAGAGGAACGCUGCCGGUUUUGCUCCUCUGUGGUGAAUAAACCCCCCUGUAUUCCGUAACCCAUACUCUCACAUGGUGCCUGUUAAGGAAAAAGAAAAACUUGUUUUCCCGGGUGUGUCUUCGCAUGGACAGAGCCAUAGUCGUGACUAAUUAUUCAGGCUUCAAUGAAUACAACGAGCAAGACACUUAAAGCCAAACCCACCCCCCGCCCGUGAUCUGUUUAGCAUAGUCAUGGUUAGCUGUCAGUUGUCAUAUAACAGUACUACGUAGUUCUGUUAAUAUUAGUUGUAUGCAUCUUUUUAUGUAUUCAUGUGCUGCCUCAUUAGCUAUUGACCAUUGUGGCAUACGUCUACAAGAAGAAGUUCAAGGUCUUCUGAGGGACACCAAAGCAAGCAAUGUCUUUAAACUGUGAGAUAGUGCCGUGUGUACAGAUAGACCCAGUACUAUGAAUGUAGGUAGCAUGUAUAAUAAUUUAAAUCAAAGUGGGUUUGAUGGUUUUGUUUGAGAGUGAGCCUAAAAUAGAAAAGAGCAGUUGGAGGCAGAGACAUUGAGGCCAGUAUGUCAGAAAAACUGCUAUGCAUAAAAGUGAGUUAUUUCUGAUUUUAAUAUCAACUCUGUGCUACCUGCUGCUUAAUCCCAGUUUUGUCACAGCCUUCCCAUCUGUGAAAUGAGAUUCUUAAGUGAAAAUUAUUGUAUAAAAGGCUCUUUUUUUUUCAUGAUGGUCUUUAGCAAAGACUGUGUUGUGCAGCCAUGAGAAGUGAUUUGAAGAUGAGGAAUAGCCUGAGAAACAUUGUGCUUAACCAUUUGAGCCAAAACUUUACUCAAAGAGCAAGAGUUAACCUACCUUUAGAUCUCACAUACGAAUGGCUACUGAAAGAUUGCAGUUGUUAUGGGUGUGCGUUUCCAUAGUUCACUCUAUCACAGAUUGCGUUAGUGCAGUUUAGUUUUUACUGACUACUAUUUGAGAUGUCUAAGUAUAAUAUUUCUCUGUUUUUAUCUCAGUGCUUUCUGCUCCUUUGCAAUUAGUUUCAGACAUAUCCAAUUUAAUUAUAAAAUCUUUAGUUUCUGUCUGAGUUGGGAUGAAACUCAGUACAGGUGGUAAAAGCUGCCUGAAAAAUCUGCAGACACUUGGAUGGCUAGUCUUGAGCUUUGGACUGCCUUGGCUAGGCUGAUUAGAGCAUCUUCCACUGGUAAAGCAAAGCACAGUUCUUUAUUCAUUUGAACAGGUGCUUCCAGAGUGACCGUCCCUUUUUGCUUUUCCCAUAAAUGCCUUUCAAACAUUUAUUCUUUAUUAGGCCUUUCAGAUGUAAGAAAGAAGCUGUUAGUGGGGGAUCAUCAACUUGCACCAACUUUUAUAUUCCUAAAUUUUAUAUAGUCUCUUUCCAAAAGGCAGAUGUUGAACAACGAACAUACAGGAAGAUCAUUUUAUCUGCUUUGUACGUGAGCUGGUGAUAGGCUGAAAUGAGACUCUUAAAGCAUACAAGGAAAUUCUGUUAUUGCAGCGAGGGGCAAUGAAGAAUACAUCGUCCGACUGGAAUGCUAUAAAUUGCUGUUUGCUGUCAUGAUAAAUGUAGUUAAGAUUUGGCCAACUUCUUACGUUUGCUCUUACAAAAAGUGUCCACUUUGCCUUACUGACCUGUAAAGUAGCACAUACAGUCAGUGGCUUAAAUGAGACUUCAGGAGUACCAGUAUAAAAGAAGAAGGGAAAACACAGAGUGUGCCCCUACUCUCUCUGGUCUCCUCUCUUUGUUAAGUGCCAGCGUGACUGUGCUUAGGUAGGUGUACACCUACCCAUUUUGACUACUGGGUGUUGCACCACCUGGAGAGGAGUUGGAAUAAAGAAUGAGCCAAUGUCUGGAACAUGUUUCUUCAAAAGCUUGCAAGCGCAUCUGUGCUCUGGCAUAUGAGUGAACCAAGGUGGUUAAUUGCCAAUAGCUGUAACCCUGUCAGUGUUGGCUGGGUGGUGAACUCUGGUGACUUUCCUGUAAGGACUGUGGAGAUGAAGCUGCUGUUCGUGUUCACGUUAUGCAUUUUGAAAGUCUGCAAAAACUUGGAAAUUAGGAGGCUUAUCAAAAGAACAAAGGAUAUGCAUAGCAAGUCAGAAGUAUCCUGCAUCAGACUGCAGCUGUUAAGUGGAUGCCCAGAUGUAAGCUGUUAAGAACAGCAUGAGCAUAUGUGAUACUUUCCUGCAUGUAUAUGAUACUCUUCCAGUCGUCAGCUAUUCUUGACCCAUGAACUUUCCCAUCCAGACCUAGUUUCUGCGUACUGAGUGAUCCUCAGUGUGUGCUUGGUAUCCACUUGAACCCUUAUAGUUAAUUUAGGCAUAUCAGCAAUUUAUGUACGAUUUUUAUAUAUCAAGGAUUUUCUUGUUAAGAUUAGUAUUUUAGUUUCUCAAGAUAAUAUCUCAUACUUAGGCAGACAAGGAAUACCAGGUCAUCUGUGGAACUGAAGGAGCCCUUGGAACAGACAGGAAAAUGUACCUUAGUUAGUUGUUUUAGUACUGGUACAGAUGUAAUAGCUUUAAAGUGGUUUAAGUGCAUGAAGGCUGAGGUGUUAAGACAUUGAUUUAAGGAAAAUACUGUCAUUAUAUCCCUGCAAAAGUUGUGCACACAAGUUCUGGUUUGAAAUGCCUCUAUUAACUGGCAUUUUUCAAAGUCAACUUAAAAUCAUAUUUGUCUGUGAGACGAUCUCUGUGACAGAGGUCUGAUCUGUUCCUGUUUAUGAUUGUGAUAAUUUCAUGUACAAUUUACCUUUUUUGGCUGUACAAUCUGCUUGCUAUUCUGACUUCUUUGACUGGUGUGGGGUUUUUGCUCCACAUAAUGGUGUGUUUGCAGGUGCUGUGCCCGGAGUCCUGGACAGCCAGUUUGUGCAAACUUGUAACAUUUACAGUUACUUGCUUGCAGUUCCCAUUACUUCUGUGGGGUUUUCCUCCCUUCCCCACCUCCUUUCUUUGGUGGAGCUCAGACAAGAAUGCAGAGCCUGAGCAUGCACAUCUAGCAGAUCUGGAGUUCUGCCUUACUCCUUGUUAGGGGCGAUCCUGCAGGGAUGAAGUGUAUAUAUAGGGUGUAGAAAACUCAUCAAGAUCCUGUGCAGGCUGGCACCGAUGCGAUUAUAUACACUGUCCAAACGGCAUUUUGUUCUGGUCUUUGUAGUAUUCUUUGUUUGUUUUGGUCUGACAGUCUUCAUAGGAAUAGCAGGUCCUAAUGUAAUUGAAACUUCUGUGGCAAGAACUGACUUAAAUAACAGCCUAAAGCUGAAGCCAUUUAAUUUAAGUUCGCCACCACUGUCUACUUACAAUCAGCAGCUGUGGCUGACCUGCGUAGUUGAGUUGGAUCAGCACGAUGUAUCCCUCAAAAAGAAUGUUACUAUGACAGUCAAAGUACUUGGGGUGGUGAAGGAUGGAAGCACACCAUAUGUUAAUAAUCAAGUUCACAAUCGGACGAGAUUACUCAGUUGUGCACAAAAAUGCAGUGAAAUCAUUGUUGCUCACCUUGGCUACCUGAACUACACUCAGUACAACAUAUUUGUUAGCUUUGAAGAUCUAAAUAAGUUAACGUACACCAUUCAGAAUAUUACUUUCACAUGGAAGACCUACAAUCCAACUUUUUCACAAGUGGAAAUAUGGUUCCGAUUUGUCUUUGUAGUUCUUACUUUUGUCGUCACGUGUCUGUUUGCACAUUCCCUGCGGAAAUUCUCCAUGAGAGACUGGGGUAUUGAACAGAAAUGGAUGUCCAUCCUCCUUCCCCUCCUGCUACUUUACAAUGAUCCAUUUUUCCCCCUUUCUUUUCUGGUGAACAGCUGGUUUCCUGGAAUGCUGGAUGAUCUAUUCCAGUCACUGUUUCUGUGUGCAUUGUUGCUGUUCUGGCUUUGUGUCUACCAUGGUAUAAGAGUACAGGGGGAAAGGAAGUGCUUAACUUUCUAUCUGCCCAAAUUCUUUAUUGUUGGACUAUUGUGGCUGGCCUCUGUUACAUUGGGAAUAUGGCAAACUGUUAAUGAAGUACAUGAUCCUACAUAUCAAUACAGGGUUGACACAGGUAAUUUCCAGGGAAUGAAAAUCUUCUUCCUUGUGGUGGCAACCACAUACAUUCUCUACCUUUUGUUCCUGAUAGUGAGGGCAUGCUCAGAACUUCGUAACAUGCCUUAUGUUGAUCUCAGGUUAAAAUUCUUGACUGCAUUAACCUUUGUAGUGCUUGUCAUUAGCAUUGUUAUACUCUACCUACGCUUUGGAGCACAAGUUCUACAAGACAACUUUGUUGCUGAGCUGUCAACUCAUUAUCAGAAUUCAGCAGAAUUCUUAUCAUUUUAUGGUUUAUUGAACUUUUAUCUCUACACGUUAGCCUUCGUGUAUUCCCCCUCAAAGAAUGCACUAUAUGAAUCACAGUUGAAAGACAAUCCUGCUUUUUCUAUGCUGAAUGAUUCAGAUGAUGAUGUGAUUUAUGGGGAUUGCCAUGGCACUGAUACAAACAGGAGUGACUAUGAAGAAAUGCCACUUCAGAAUGGCCAAGCUAUUAGAGCCAAGUAUAAAGAGGAAUCGGACAGUGAUUGAUUGAUUUUGAUGUAGACAGACUUGUUCAGCUGGAAUUAAACCAGUUUUGAAGUUUUCCUAGAUGGACAACUUCCUUGGCUUCCUUACAGUCUGCUGUCAUCUGGACACCGACUCCCAGGAACGACAUCCUGCUUCUGUUUGUGUUUACAAAGUUAAAACUGAAAAAAAAAGAAUGCUUGAAAAGGGUGUGGUGAAAACUUAAGAAACCAAACUUUUUACACGUCUUACAAAAUGCUUGAUAGCAGGAUGCCUGUGGACUAAAAUCUUUAAAUCUAUUUCCAUAUAAAAGUGUCACUGAUUAUAUACUGAUUUUAAAAUUGCUUCCUGGCUGCUUGGUUUUGGGGUUGUUUUUUUUUAAGGAUCAUGUACAGCAUACUGUCAUUCAUCUGUUGCAUUUGUGUUAGCUCCUUCGUAUAUUGUCCACUGCUGUACGAAGUGCCUCAUUUCCCUUUCAAUUUCCUACCUUAGUCUUUUGAGCUGGAGGCAGGGAAUGAAGUGUUUUAGGGCUUUCUCUUCUUUUUUUUUUUUUAAUGGAAGAAAACACAAGCUUUCCAUUCUUCCUUCGAAGAAGCGAUAUAGACUUAAGACCAUCUUUUUAAAUUCAUUAAAAUGAGUUUUCGAGAUUUGUAAGUGUGAGAUACAUGCAAAUAGUCAAGUUCUAGUGAGCCAAAAUAGCCUCAGUGGUGCAAAAUUAUAUUGUAUAAUAUAUGUUUCAUAACAUGCUUUACUGCUGCAACAGAAGUGUUUGUCUUGGUUUUUGUUUUGUUUUUUUCAAACAGCCCUUUCAAAUGGAAAUAUUUAGGCAGCAACAAAUCUCAGAAGGAAGCCAGUAGUUUUUUCUGUGUUUUUUGUACGCUGGAGGAGAUUGUUACACAUACAGAGAAUACUGUAUGAAAGUUUCAUAGAGAAUUACAAUUUCAAAUUUCCAGACAUUUCAUUUUUAGAGGCUUUUUCUACAUCAGAAUUUUUCCUUAAGUUGUAUUAAUAGAUAGUUCAUCUAUUUCCUAGGACCAAUCGUGGUUGCUCAUGUAUUGAACUGUCAUGAGAGUUAGCUUUUGAGCAUGUUCUGUGCAUAGUUCAACUUCUUUGUCAUACCGCAGUCACCACCUGUACUGAUCAGAACUUUUACUAGCAUAUUUUGUGAUUAUCUGUAUUCCAGUCUAUGCUGGAACAGUUAUAUGGGAAUUAAGUAUUCCUAGUACAAUGCUGCUGCUUCUCUAUUUAAAAGUUGGCUUUCUCCUACACCAUUGUUCAGUUCUUUAUUUAAGUGGAUGCUCUUUGUUUCUAACUACUUUUGUUUUGAGGUAUUUGACCUGUCUGAAAGUAUCUUUUUUUUCAUGGAUUCAUACCUGUGAUUUACUCUUGUAAAAUUUCUCUGCCCUGCUGCUGUAGAAGACUCUCAAAAGCACUGUUAAUGUAUUACACAGAAGAUGGUGCUGGCUUACACUAGGGAACUGUGCUCAUCAUUGAAGUAGUUUAAGCAGAAGAGUGAAAUGAAGUCCUGCUAGACUUGCUGAAUCAUAUUGGGCAAAAAGUAGGUUUGUUCUGCUUUGAUGCAACAACUGUUCUAGACCAUUCCCAUUGCAAUAACCUCCUGGUAGCUGUUUGAGAUCAUGAAGGGGAGACUUCACAGGAUAGCAGUUUGCUUAGAGAGGACCAAAGGAACUGCUUCAUGUGGUUGCAUCCUUGCUAUCAUAGAAUAGUUCAGAUUAAAUCUGUGCUCUGCUAAAGACAAGUGUGGUAAGAUACUCUGUGUGUGUGAGAGAGAAAACUUUCUGAAAUGAUGCACAGCUGUGAAUUUUUUGAGGGUAUUUGAAAUUUAAAACUUUCUGUACCAGGGAUCAUUUAUUUGUUAGAAGCCAAAGCACUAUUGUAUGGCUAAAGCACGGAAACUGCUGGGGAGGAGGGGAAGGUUUUUCCCUUUAAUUUCUUAAUGAAUUGGCAUCAGUUUAGAAGAACAUACAGGAAAACAUUAAAGAAGUAUUUCAAGUUACUGGUGGUGGUUUUUUCCAGUGAGCUGUAGCAAGGUGUACCUUCAGCACUUCCUUUUAGACUUUUUUUUUAACAAGCAUGGGAGAUGAUCUUUGUAUCCUAAAGUAGAGAGCCCAUUCUCAUUUUUACUGUUCCCCAGAUGACUCUUUUGAGGCUUACAGCUGUUUGAAUUUGCAGAGUCAGACUGGGGAACCAACUAGGCAUCCUUUGCAUACCCCAAAUCCUUUACACUUCCAUUGGAGUAAUAGUGGGUACAGGAAUUAGGUCUUUAAAAAUUGAUAUUUACAUGAUCCUUAUAUAUUCAGAUCUUUUUGGCUCCGAUAUUGUUUAAUUCUGUUCUAAAUUGUUCUGAAGAGAUAAAAUGUUUGAUUUGACCAAUGUGCAAAGUAUACUUAUGUUUCUUAUCACAGUCUAAACUGGUUGUUACGAUUAAUCCUGAAAUAUAGUGUCAUGCUUUGGGAUUUCAUUAACUAAAGAAAAUAUUUUUAAUCUAACUUUGAGAUGAUGAUUUUUUCCUAAGCUGUUCUCAGCCUAUUUCACUUGCCGUUUUGUUUGCAUUAACUUUUCUACAUCACUACAUUCGAAGUGGAAAUAGGAAAGCUGAGAACAGGAAAUGUGUACUUUAAGUAUCUCGCUAUGAAAAUAGUGAGAAAAUAGUUUCCUUGUUAAUUUUUAGAGAUUAUAUUUAAGCAAUGUUUGCCAUGCAAAAUAGUUUUGUAUUUUGGAAGUGCUAGAGUGUAAUGGUAAGCUUGGUUGAAGCACUGUGGCAUCAAAUUCAAUAUACAGUAAAAAGGCAAAAGCAGUGAAGCAGAUGAAGAAAUGGGUUUGCUAGCAAGAAAUCUGUUUCACUCCUCUUAUUUCCACAAUUGGAAAGCAGAGACAGUAGCUGAGGAAUAUUACAAUAUGGAUUGUAAACAGCUUGGAAGUAGGUGGCAUAAAUUUACCUCUGAGUAAAGUAUUGUAACCCAAGGGUGAAACAGAAGAUACCUGGAUAAGAAACUAGCCUGGCUUUCCUUUCAUUACUGCCAAAGUAAUUAAGUAUUUCCAUCACUAGUGGGACUGUAUAAAAUGAGAAAACUAUACAAAAAGGCCCCACAGCAUACAGUGUUCCUGCUCUAAAGGAGAUGCCAUCUAUUAAAUAACUGCAAGACUUCCAGGUACACAAUGAUCAAGAGGGACUUUUAAGAAAUCAAUAAUCAUUGAGCGUGAGCCAUUCAUGGCAACCAUUUUCUGUAGUAUUUGCUUUAAAGAUACAGUUGGUAUUGGAAUUGGUUGGAAACUUUCCUAGGACUGGCAAAGAAGAGGAAGCGUAAGGCUUAACACCAGUAAGGAACAGCUAGUGUAACAGACCCAUGGCACUAAUACUGGGGAAAAUGGGAGCAUGGUUCCAGCUAGGAAAGGCUUUGAUCUGUUGUUUUUCUCUGAGCCAAAAGACAACUUUGUAUCCAUAGUCACCUAAUUUUUCCCCCAUUUCCUUUUGCUUAUGCCAGUAAUAACCUCUGCAUUACUGUAAAACUUUUUUAAGAAGUUUGUAAAUAUGUAAAAUGAAAAUACGGAAAAAUUGUGUACCAAAAUGGUACAAAAAUGUGUAAGAUAAAUGCUCUGUUUAAUGAGAAGCUGUAAUUAAAUGCUUUGAGAAAGUGUGCAUGAGGACAUGUGGUAAAUAUUCUAUGUAUCUAGUUGUGUUAAUGACAGCAAUUAUCCAUUUUUAUGUCAGAAAACUUCAUGCUAAUACGGAAUAUGAAGGAAAAACUAGUAAUUUACUUCAAGCAAAAGUUGGGUAUUGAGUGUCCUGGAAGACUUCAUGUGCAUAAUCAUUGUUAAAUAUGUUCAUAAUAAAGUUUUAUAUCUUUA